GUUCGUUUCUUUGGCAGCGUUUAAGUUGAUGCGACGGUUAAAAACCAUCUUUGAAGUUUCCUCUGGCAUUCAAAAAAAAAAAAAAAAAAGAGACCGACAAAAGAGCGAAGAGAGUCCAAUCUCGAAGGUCAAAGUUGAGGGCCAUGGCUCGUGGGCAGCAGAAGAUUCAGUCCCAGCAAAAGAACGCCAAGAAGGCAGCAGAAAAGAAGAAAGGCCAGGCCGCUGACCAGAAGACUGCAGCUAAGGCCGCGCUGGUCCACACCUGCCCCGUCUGUCGGACACAGAUGCCUGACCCCAAAACCUUCAAGCAGCACUUUGAGAGCAAACACCCCAAGUCUCCCAUGCCUCCUGAGCUGGUAGAUGUUCAGGCAUGAAGAACUGGACUGGACCUGAACCUGGAUACACAUUGACCACGGACUAAACGUUGAAUCACGGCGCCUGAAGGAUGUUGAUGACGAACACUGGGACCCGUCAGUAUUCAUGGACACCAUGUUGGGAUGGAUGGAGGGGGUGGGUGGGGGGGUGGAUGUGUGCAUGUGCUGUUUACGUACAUGUGUGUUUGUGUAAGGGGAAACAAUAACGACGGGGCACAAGUACACCAGCACCCCAUUUUUAUAUUUAUUAUGUACAACUACCUUGUUAUUCCAGAUGGAGGAGGAGGUUGCCUGCUUACACUGAAUAAAAUUAUCUUGUGACUGAGUGGGAGACGUGAUAAGUCUGAAAAAGCUACAGUGGGAAGUUAAAAAAAAAAAAAAAAUCCCAAUAUUUUUGGAUGUAUGACUAGCUAACAGCUGGUUGUACUUACUGUACACUGUGUCGUCCAGAGGAAUAGAUGGCACAUUAAAGGCCCCUACUAUAGAUAGCAUCACUCAUCCACAAUGGAUGUGGCACUGCUGUUGGGUUAAACUCCAAUUAUUUCAUUUUCCCUUUCACUUGGGCAGAGGGUAUUUGCAUGAUGUCACCAUCAGUGCAUGCCCUCCACACAAGAAAAAAAUGUGAGUUUUAAUGACCAUUGGCCUCUUAAAAUGACUAAAAUCUCAUAGUGUCAUUUCAGAAUUUCAUGGUUGUUGAUGCUAAAAGGAUAUUACUACUUAAAACUAUUUUUGGAGAUUCAUAGUUUUUGUCCAACAACAGAGACAGACUCUACAGCUAUGCCUCCUCUGCGCUGCUGCUCCACAGGUGUCCACACUCAGUAACACCUCACAACGGUACCUCACGUUAAACCACACAGCAAGUCUCAUAGUAUGUUCUUUUUUUCCCCCCCGCAAAUCCAUCUACUUAUUUUAAUGUCGUCCUCUUCGGCCAUGUUUCCCAACUUAAUCUUGGCAAUAAAAUCAUCAUCUUUGUCCCACUUGAGUUAAACCAGGACAAGAUUUGUUUUGAAAACUAAUCGAUACCAUUAUUUUGGCUAACCCCACUCUAACAUUUAUACUUUCGGCUGUUGUCAGUUUGGUUGUUCAUUGAUUGAAGAAAUUGUAAGUCGGCCCAAGGACUGAGAGCUAAAGAAAUUUGUUCAUUAACUGCCAAAAUGAUUAAUCCCCGUUCUUUUUGGUUCUUCAUUCAUUAGCAGGCAAAACUUCACUAAUUUGCUUUCGCUGUACUUUUUUUUUUUUUUUUUUUUUUUUUUUACCCUUUUCAAUAAAUUGAACAAUGUAUUUAAUGUGA